AUGGACAGCAGUACUUCUCCCAGGCGAAGCUCCGACGACUCGCCGUCGGGAUCGCCCACGCGUGGUUCGACCGAUCGCUCUGUGAUAUCCACGCCCAGCCCUUCCAGGCAGCUUGAUCUCCAGAGUCAGCCCCUUUCAAGAGUUGAAGAAUAUAGACAACUGUUUCGUCUUCCAUCUGAUGAGGUCCUCAUCCAAGAUUUCAACUGUGCCUUGCAAGAUAAUUUUCUUCUUCAGGGUCAUAUGUACUUAUUUGUGCACUAUAUCUGCUUCUACUCCAAUUUGUUUGGAUUUGAGACAAAGAAAGUAAUUCCAUUCCAUGAGAUCACCUCAGUACGUAGAGCAAAAGCAGUUGCUGUUUUUCCGACAGCUAUAGAAAUAAUAGCUGCAGGAAAGAAGUAUUUCUUCACCUCUUUUUUAUUCCGCGACGAGGCCUUUAAGCUCAUUAAUGAAGGUUGGGUGCAGCACAGCAAUGGAUCUCAUGAAAAUACAGAUCAGCAGGAGCCAAAGUCUGGUAUAAGCAGCCAAGAGAAUGGCAGUUCUACUGUUGAAGAAUCAGAUAACUCCAGACAAUCCAUAGAUGAGUCGGAUACCAUUGAAAGUGAUAAAAAUGACCCCAUAUUGGAGGAGUCCAGAAAUGUCGGUGAUGGUGAACCUGAAAUUGUAUCAACAGCUUCUGUCGUGGAAAUUACUCAAGAAGUGACUCCAGAAGCUACUUCUACUCUGAGGUGUUCACCACCAGAAAAUUCCUCAGCUUGGGAGCCCGAGGACACUGAUGCACCUGGUGUUCACGAAGGUUACACUAAAGUUGCAGAAUCAAGAUUUCCGAUACGGGCAGAGGAGUUCUUUAAUUUGUUCUUUUCUGAUGGUGGUGUCAGUUUCCAGGAGACCUUUCAUAGAAAAUGUGGUGAUAAAGAUUUCAAGUGCACUCCAUGGCAGCCUCAUGGAAAAGAUGGGCAUACUCGUGAAGUGUCAUUUCUACAUCCAAUUAAACUCUAUUUUGGUGCAAAAUUCGGCGGCUGUCAAGAAGUUCAGAAAUACAGAGUUCACAGAAACUGUCAUUUGAUCAUCGAUACUUCACAAGAGAUCAGUGACGUGCCAUAUGGGGACUACUUCAGGGUGGAGGGCCAUUGGGAUGUUGAGGAAGAGGGCAAUGAACAGAGGCCUGGUUGCAUAUUGAGGGUAUACACCAAUGUGGCCUUUUCCAAGAAAACCUUUCUGAAAGGGAAAAUAGUGCAGUCCACGGUCGAAGAAUGUCGAGAAGCUUAUGCUGCUUGGAUUGAUCUGGCACACCAAGUUUUGAAACAGAAGAACCUAGAGAAGGAAGAAGGAGGUUCUGCGUCUAACUCGGUCCCAAACAAGCAAGUUCAACUGGAAAAUCAAGAAAUUACUCAGCUGCAGCGUGUGGAGUAUCAGUCGAGUGAUGUGAGAACAUCAGAAAUCAUACCUGAAGUGCCCAUCAGGAAUCUAAUAAAUGAAAUUCCACAACCAAACGUUAGCAAUGCAACGAGUGGGUCUCUUUUAAGGGAUGUGAUGACCAAAGCCUUUGCACCUUUUAAGCAUCAGAACACGUCAUCUCUACUCCUGAUCAUUUCUAUUGCCGUAAUUCUCCUUUUAAUGCAGAUGAGCAUUCUUGUGUUAUUAAGUCGGCCCCAGAGGAUCCUGGUAGUCCCUCCGCAGGGUGAUUUUGGGCACCGAACGAGCGAAAAUGGUCGGGAAGCAAUGGCAUUAUUGAAUAAGCAGAUUAUGUAUCUCAAGGAGGAGUUGCAUUUUGUGGAGACAAUGCUGGAUAAGAUGCAGAAUGAGCACUCCCAACUCAUGGCCAAGUUGAAGGAUUUGGAGCUAUUUAGGAAUCAAAGGCUCUGA